CAUUAAAUUUAACAAUCAAAAACAAAAAUGAAUAUAACUACUAUAAAAUGGAAAUAGUGCAAUUGCAACCCUAAUCCCUAUUUGGUAUCUUCUUCUAGCGCCGCUCUUCUUCAUCAUUUCUUUUCUGCGUUUUUUUUUUUGUUCCAUCUUCUUCCUUUUUUCUUAAUCAACAUCGACAAAUUACAGUAAAAAAAUAAAAAUCAACAUCGACACACAUUUUUGUGCCGCAUUCACCAUCUUUUUCACGUUGCGCUCUCGUUUGUAGCUUCAUUCUCUGUUUCCCGUCGGUCGAAGUUGCUCGUCUCCUCCGGUUGUCGGCGGCCUUCUCGUUUCACCUCGGAAAUCUCCGCAGCAGCAGCCUGCAUCCCACCCCGACUUAGUGCACUGCUGCACGGCCCAUCAUUUCCUGUACCUCUUUCGGACUCCGCUUUUCCUUCCGAUGAUUCUAUAGCAGCUGUUGAGCCUCUCUGCCAUCGGCUAAUAGCAAGUAAAUCGAGUACAAAUUUGAAAUGUGGGAGUGAAGAGUUUAUAUUUAUAGUGUGUGAAACUUGGAGGCUAAGCAUCAAUAUAGAUACAUGUAAUCCGUCUCUCAUAACUACUACGGAAAUCUCUCUCUAGACAAGACAAACAUGUCGUCUGAACCCUCCCACAACCCCGCCGCCGCCGAAGAGUUGGGCGAGAAGAAGCUCUCCAAGAAAGAGCUUGCCAAGCUGGAGCGCCUGCGCAAGCGCCAAGAAGCAGCCGCCGCCGCUGCCACAUCUGCCGCAGCCCUCACCCUCGAAGAUGAGGACCCACUGGCGGUCAAUUACGGCGAAAUUCCGGCCAACGACUUACAAUCGAAGCCGGUAAUUGGGAGAAAAUUGAUGGAGGUCAAAUAUUUGACCAAAGAGCUCAAGGACAAGGCGGUGCAGGUACAGGGCUACGCGCAGGCGAUUCGUGCCGUGGGGAAGAAGAUGGCGUUCCUGGUGGUGAGGGAGGAGUCCUUCACUGUGCAAUGCGUGUUGACUGUGGCCCAGGAUUUAAUAAGCCCCCAGAUGGUGAAGUUCGCCAACAGUUUGAGCCGGGAGAGCAUUGUUGAUAUCGAAGGGAUUGUUUCUGUGCCCUCUCAACCGAUCACCGGUGCCUCUCAGCAGGUGGAAAUUCAAGUGAGGAAACUCUAUUGUGUUAGCAAGGCUGUUCCUAUUCUUCCUUUCAAUAUUGAAGACGCUGCAAGAAGCGAGGCUGAGAUUGAGAAGGCUUUGCAGGCUGGCGAACCACUUGUUCGCGUGAAUCCGGAUACGCGCUUGAAUAACAGAUUCUUUGACUUACGAACUCCUGCUAAUCAAGGAAUAUUUGGAGUCGAAAGUGAAGUUGAGAACAUAUUUAGGCAAUUUAUGUUAUCAGAAGGUUUCUGUAAAAUCCACACACCAACAUUGACUGCGGGUUCUAGUGAAGGUGGUGCAGCUGUGUUUAGAUUGGAUUACUUUGGAAAACCUGCUUGUUUGGCACAGUCACCUCAGUUAUUUAAACAGAUGGCCAUCAGUGGUGGUUUUAGCCGUGUGUUUGCGAUUGGUCCAGUAUUCAGGGCAGAGAACUCUUCCACUCACCGACAUUUGUGUGAGUUUAUUGGUCUUGAUGUGGAAAUGAGGAUUGAGAAGCACUAUUCGGAGGUGAUGGACAUUGUCGAUUGCUUAUUUGUUGAAAUGUUUGACAGAUUGAAUGAGAGAUGUGCUAAGGAGCUUGAAUUUAUUAAUAAGCAAUAUGCAUUUGAAAAUCUAAAGUACUUACGGAAGACCUUACGACUUACAUUUGAGGAGGGGGUUCAAAUGCUUAAGGAAGCUGGCAUAGAAAUUGAUCCUUUUGGAGAUCUCAACACAGAAACAGAGCGAAAGCUUGGCCAGCUUGUCCUAGACAAGUACGGUACUGAGUUCUACAUACUUUAUCGCUUUCCUCUAGCAGUUCGACCAUUCUAUACAAUGCCAUGCCCUGAUAAUCCUAAGUAUAGCAAUUCAUUUGAUGUUUUCUUACGAGGUGAGGAAAUCAUAUCAGGAGCACAACGUAUUCACGAGCCCGAGUUUUUGGCAGAGCGUGCACGAGCAUGCGGGAUUGACGUCAAUACUAUAUCGACGUACCUUGAUUCCUUCAGGUACGAGAUGCCACCUCAUGGUGGAUUUGGAGUGGGAUUGGAGCGGGUGGCGAUGCUUUUCUGCGCACUUGAUAACAUUCGUAAAACAUCACUAUUUACCCGUGAUCCACGAAGAAUAUUUCCUCAUGAUCCUAUACCACCUUUCACUAUUGAAGACACGGCAAGAAGCGAGGCUGUAAUUGAGAACACUUUGCAGGUGGGCGAUAAACUUUUCAUGGAUAACAGAGUCCUUGACUUACGCGCUUCUGCUAAUCAAGGAAUAUUUCGAGUCAAAUGUCAAGCUGAUAACAUAAUUUUCCAAUUUUUAGUGUCCGAAAGUUUUCGUUCGAUCCACACACCAAAAUUGAAUGCGGAUUCUGGCGAAGGUGGUGCAAAUGUCUUUAGAUUGGAUUACUUUGGAACACCUGCUUGUUUGGCUCAAUCAACUCAGGCUUAUAAACAGAUGGCCAUUUGUGGUGGUUUUAGCCAUGUGUUUGAGAUUGGUCCACUAUACAAUGCAGAGGUCUCUUCUACUCACCGGCAUCUGUGUGAGUCUAUUGGUCUUGAUGUAGAAAUGAGAAUUGAGGAGCACUAUUCAGAGGUGAUGGACAUUGUCGAUCGCUUAUUUGUUGAAGUAUUUGACAGAUUGAAUGAGAGAUGCUCGAAAGAGCUUGAAGCUGUCAAUGAAAAGUAUCCGUUUGAAAAUCUCAAGUACCUACGGAAGACCUUACGACUUACAUUUGAAGAGGGGGUUCAAAUGCUUAAGGAAGCUAGCAUAGAAGUUGAUCCUUUUAGAGAUCUCAAUGCAGAAACACAGCGAAAGCUUGGCCAGCUUGUCCUUAAGAAGUAUGGUACUGAGUUCUACAUACUUCAUCGCUACCCUCUAGCAGUUCGACCAUUCUAUACAAUGCCAUGUCAGGAUAAUUCAAAGUAUAGCAAUUCGUUUGAUGUCUUCAUUCGAGGUGAGAAAGUGAUAUCAGGAGGUCAGCAUAUUCACGAGCAAGAGCUUUUAGCAGAGCGUGCACGAGCAUGCGGGAUCAAUGUCAAUACUAUAUCUACAUACACUGAUUGCUUUAGGUACGGGGCAGCACCUCAGGGUGGAUUUGGAGUGGAACUGGAGCGUGUUGUGAUGCUUUUCUGUGCGCUGGAUGACAUUCAUAAAGCCUCACUUUUCCCGCGUGAUCCGCAGAUAUUAGAGCCUUGAUUAAGGAUGCCAUAUAUCAAGUAAGUUUAUGAAAUUCUCAUAGCUAGAUUAGAUAUAAAAGUAGACGGUUUAAUAUCAAUAUCGUUGAUGAUGCUCAAGAUCGAUGUUUGAAAUGUAAUUCCACACUAGCGUAUUUUCUCAGUAGUUUUUCUUUUGUCUUCUAAAAGAGAUUUUCGUUUUAUUUUAUUUUGAAUUAGUGUUCGAAUUGGAAUUUGAAAUUUGCUGAUUUUUCUCAAUGGAUAGAUCAAUGUCUCUUUGCA